GCCACACCCCCUCCUACUGAGGUCCAGAAGUUUCUUUCCCAGUCACAGUUACGAAUUGCCAGCGGCCCCUUGGCUGCCUGGCGCCGAGCCCUCGGCGGUGACGUCUACGGAAGGAUCCGCGACGGAGGCUGGCGCGGCCGCUUUACCAUGGCGACGGCCGCGCCACGGCGCUUCUGCCGCUGCGCCUGCUUCUGCUCCCAGAACCUGUACGUGGCGCGCUACGGGCUGCACCUGCGCUUCCGGGACGAGCAUCAGCUGCGCCGUGACUACGGCCCGCUCCUGCGCAGCCGUGGUUGUGUCACCCCCAAGGACUUCCAGCAACUCUUGGAGGAGCUUGAGCAGGAGGUCGGGCGCCGCCGCAGGCUGGGACAGGAAUCGGCUGUCAGGAAAGCUCUCAUUGCCAGCUCCUACCACCCAGCGAGGCCUGAGGUCUACAGCUCACUGCAGGAUGCUGCUCUGGCCCCCGAGUUUAUGGCUGCAGCUGAAUAUAGUGCGUCCCCAGGUGCAGAUCUAGAGGGCCUUCUCCAGCGUCUGGAGACAGUGUCAGAGGAGAAGCGCAUCUAUCGGGUGCCAGUGUUCUCGGCCAAGUUCUGCCAGACCCUGCUGGAGGAGCUGGAGCAUUUCGAGCAGUCGGACAUGCCCAAGGGAAGGCCCAACACCAUGAACAACCACGGGGUACUGAUGCAUGAGCUAGGCCUGGACGACCCCCUGGUGACCCCGCUGCGGGAACGCUUCCUGCUGCCGCUCAUGGCCUUGCUGUACCCAGACUGCGGUGGGGGCCACCUUGACAGCCACCGUGCCUUUGUGGUCAAGUACGCACUGGGCCAGGACCUGGAGCUGGGCUGUCACUACGAUAACGCUGAGCUCACCCUCAAUGUGGCUCUGGGCAAGGACUUCACAGGGGGUGCCCUGUACUUUGGGGGCCUCUUCCAGGCACCCACAACCCUGAAGGAGACCCUGGAAGUGGAGCACGUGGUGGGCUCUGGUAUUCUGCACCGUGGCGGCCAGCUGCACGGGGCUCGGCCCCUGUGUACUGGAGAGCGCUGGAACCUCGUCGUGUGGCUGCGGGCAUCUGCUGUUCGAAAUCGCCUCUGUCCCAUGUGCUGCCAGAAGCCAGAGCUGGUGGACGAUGAGGGUUUCGGUGACGGCUUCACCCGGGAGGAGCCGACCACGGUGGAUGUCUGUGUGUUGACUUGAGCCUGGUUUCCCCCCGGAGGUGGGAGGUGUUGGUGCUGUGGCAACAGAAAACUUGCCAUCGUGGGCAGGGAGGGCAGAAAUAAACUCUGCAGGCAUGCCACUCCUUGGGUCAAAAGGACACGCAGACGUCUGGGUCUUUCUUUGGACAGGUGAUCUGUAGCCAGCCUUAUUUGAGAUGAAGUACUGAGGGUUGGGAGUGGAGCAGGCCCAGGAAGAGAAGAAGCCAUGGAAAGACAUGACUCCUAGGGAGCUCUGACUGAGGAGGGAGAUUUGCUUCAGUCAGUGGCUCAGAGAUGGGGCUGGGCAGCAAGGGAGGGAGAGCUCUCACCAGACAUCUACCUCAGGUAAAGUGGCUCCAGGGACUAAGUGAAGUUCACUACUCUAUCAGCAGUGCUGGAGAGUGGAGGAUUGGGGAGAGGGGAUCCAGACUUUCUGGGUUCAAGUCUGUGUUCUGCAUGUCCAGCUGUGGGGCUCUGGACUCGCUAGCGCCCCAGUUGUUGUGACAGUCCAACAAGUUGAUGUUUAUAAAGCACUUUAUAACA